AUGAGAGAAGUUAUCAGUAUCAACGUUGGACAAGCUGGUUGUCAAAUCGGAAACGCCUGUUGGGAAUUAUACUCCCAAGAACACGGAAUCAGACCUGAUGGGUAUUUGCAAGAAGGAUUAGAUAGACCAAAAGGAGGUGAAGAAGGAUUUUCCACAUUUUUCAGUGAAACUGGAUCAGGUAAAUAUGUUCCUCGUGCAUUGUAUGUUGAUUUGGAACCAAAUGUCAUUGAUGAAGUUAGAACUGGUGUUUAUAAGGAUUUAUUCCACCCGGAACAAUUGAUUGCCGGUAAGGAAGAUGCCGCCAAUAACUAUGCUCGUGGUCAUUAUACUGUUGGAAGAGAGAUUUUGGAUGAUGUUUUGGACAGAAUUAGAAGAAUGAGUGAUCAGUGUGAUGGAUUACAAGGUUUUCUCUUCACUCAUUCGUUGGGUGGUGGUACUGGAUCUGGGUUGGGUUCAUUAUUAUUGGAACAAUUAUCAUUGGAUUAUGGUAAGAAGUCUAAAUUGGAAUUUGCCGUUUAUCCAGCUCCUCAAGUGUCUACUUCAGUUGUUGAACCUUACAAUACUGUCUUGACCACUCACACCACUUUGGAACAUGCUGAUUGUACAUUUAUGGUUGAUAAUGAAGCCAUUUACGAAAUGUGUAGGAAAAACUUGGACAUUUCCAGACCAAAUUUCAGCUCAUUAAACAAUUUAAUUGCCCAAGUUGUUUCAUCAGUUACUGCUUCAUUAAGAUUCGAUGGAUCAUUGAAUGUCGAUUUGAAUGAAUUCCAAACUAAUUUGGUUCCCUACCCAAGAAUCCAUUUCCCAUUGGUUAGUUAUGCACCAGUAUUUUCCAAAACCAGAGCCAAUCAUGAAGCCAAUUCAGUUUCGGAAAUUACUCAAUCUUGUUUUGAACCUGGUAAUCAAAUGGUUAAAUGUGAUCCUAGAAUGGGUAAAUAUAUGGCCACCUGUUUAUUAUACAGGGGUGAUGUUGUUACUCGUGAUGUCCAAAAUGCUGUUGCUCAAGUGAAAUCCAAGAAAACCGUGCAAUUGGUUGAUUGGUGUCCAACUGGUUUUAAAAUUGGUAUUUGUUACCAACCACCUACUGCUAUAAAGGGAUCUGAAUUGGCUGGUGCAUCCAGAGCUGUUUGUAUGUUGUCCAACACCACUGCUAUUGCCGAAGCUUGGAGAAGAAUUGACAAGAAAUUUGAUUUGAUGUAUUCAAAGAGAGCUUUUGUUCAUUGGUAUGUUGGUGAAGGUAUGGAAGAAGGUGAAUUUACUGAAGCUAGAGAAGACUUGGCUGCUUUGGAAAGAGAUUAUGUUGAAGUUGGAACUGACUCUUUUCCAGAAGAAGAAGAAGAGUAUUAG